CUCGGCCUUCGCAGAGGAGGAGCCUAGAACCUUCUUUCGUUGCUCUCGAAUCAUGGAGUUCAAAACCAGAAAUCAAGAACGAUCCACAAUCAAGUUCCUCUGUAGCUAUGGCGGCAGAAUUCUUCCUCGGGCCACAGAUGGCAAGCUCCGCUACGUCGGCGGCCACACGAGAGUCCUCGCCGUCGAUCCCUCUAUUGCUUUUUCAGAGCUGAUGGCCAAGCUUGAAGAAUUGUCUGGUUCGUCAGUGACGUUGAGGUGUCCAUUGCCCAACGGAGACUUGGAGACGUUGAUUUCGAUUACCAACGAUGAAGAUCUGGCCCAUAUAAUUGAGGAGUAUGAUCGAGCUUCGUCGUCGUUGGCUCAUCCGCUGAAGAUCAGAGCCAUUCUUUCGCCGCCGAAAUCACUCAAGAAAAUAUCUCCUCCUUCGUCUUCUUCUUCUAGCGCGAAUCAAUCUCCGUCCAGAUCUCUCCACAACUCCAUCGAGUCCUUGCCUUAUUCGCUGGCCUAUCGCUUUAUCUGUCACAACUGCGCACCGCCGGUUGGAUAUCCAAUCGGUGUCCGUAGCGGGAGCCCUAGGUUUUCAUACGGUGGUUCCUACUGCGGCAAUUACUGUCACUGAGCUCAUAGAAGACAAGAAGAGGAAAAAGUUGGACCGAAAGUCGGGGACGAAGAGUAAAAAGUUGGACCCCUGCUUAUGGGAACGUUGAUUCGAUGAUGACGAUGAACACUAGAUAUAGAGAACAGAAUACUAAAUUUCUCAAGAGCUUGAAAAAAUAGAGAGAUGAGUGCGUUGUGAACUAGGACUAUCUUUUUUUGGACUUUGCCCAUUUUCAUCUGGUUGAGGUUUUCUGGUAUUGAAUGGAGCUUGAUUUGUUGGUCCUG